UCGAUAAAAUUGCGAAGUAAUUUUAAAUUACGCUCUAGUUAAUAAUUACGUUAAAUAAUUUACCAUUACUUUCGAAUUAAUAAAUACUAUUGCUAUUGAAGAUUACUAUUAAAGGUGGUAAUAAUAUCGAAAAAUAAAAACUUAUAGAGAGUGAAACAAAUGAACAUGAUAAAGAAAAAUGAGUAUUACCAGCUAUGCUAUUCAAAUGAAAAAGUUGAUGAGGGCUGUAAAGAGUUACUUGAAGGCAAAAUGAGUUUAAAUUCAACUUCCAUUUUGGAAUAUAUAUUUGAGUGGGAAAAUAUUGUUCGCAGAAGAGCAUUUAGUGAUAGACAAUUACAAAAUUCGUAUAAAAUAUCUUCUAUUUGUAAAAUUUGUAAAGGUAUAAAUAUUGGCCUAAAGAAAGACAUGCCUUCUAAAACUUUUAUUGCUUCUUGCUGUGACAUUACAAAAGAAAGCUUACUUUCUUAUAAAAACUGUCAAUCAUUGCAAGUUUGCUCAAAUUGUAAAUUUUCACAAUUAAUGAUGUUAAAAUCAAACAAUCUACACUUUACAAGCUUAGAUAACUCAUUUUGUUUAAGCAAAAAGUAUCACUCUACUCAUUUUUCAAGGUCUCUAACUAAUAGCUACAAUUUUAGUAAUACAAAUAUCUUUUUAGGUUGUGGUUCAUCACAUUAUCAUGAGAUUUUAGGAAAAGACAGAUUUUGUGAUAUGCUCAAUAGUCAGUCCACUACGUUUAACAGUCAACCCAGUCAAUCAGUAAACUGUGAAAGAUUAAAUCAAAGUUAUUUGAAAUCAAACAAAAAAAAUGAAGAAAAAUAUAAAGCUAAUUAUGAAACACAGUACUCAGUUUUACCUUCACUUUCUCCUUCUGGUUUACACAAAUCAAAAUCAUCACCACAAUUACAACGUGAAAAAUCUGUACGUUGUUCUAAUAAAGUUAUAGGAUUAGAGCAACCUUCUUCUUUUGUAAAAACAGUAUAUCAAUAUAUUGAUGAAGAUGUAUUCAUGUUAGAGUAUGAAUCUGCUGAUUCUAUUCAGGUUUAUUCAAGUGGUUUAAUGAGACAUUUUCAAGAAAUAAAACCAAAGUUAAAAUGUAGAUACACCAAAGUUCCUCUGAUAAGAACUAUUGAAUGUGAUGCAAAUGAAAAUAGAACUUUUUUUUCUGGUAGAAGGAUUUCUGAAACUUCUGCUUGUAUAAUAUCAACUUUGGCAUUUAUUUCCCAAGAAAGUAUAAAAUCAUCAUUAAGCUACAAAAAGGAAAUUUCAACACACCUACAUAAACUAAGAAUAAAAAAUGGAGAUAGACACUGUAUAUUUAAUAGAUUAAGUGAUUGGUUUGAGAUUUUAGAAAAAAAUUUAAAACCUGUAAAAAAUCGCAUAAAACCAUUCAUUUCAGAUCAAAAUUUAAAUUCAAAUGAUAGAUAUCAAGCAUUUUGUAACAAAAAAGUCAAGUUUAAAAAAUUAAAGUAUGCAGCUCUUUUUUUAUCUAGAAAAUCUCAGGAAAAAAUAUUUUUUUACAACAAAUCUGUAAAAAGAAAUAUUUACAGUAAUUCAAGUUUUAGUUUACAAAAAAGCAACAAUUUUAAACUUCAAAAAUGUUGUGUUGACAAAAGCUCUUUACCUAAAGAUAAUAGUAAAAUAUCUACUUUGUUUUUAAAACAUAGAUUAAGCUUACCUCAACCCAUUUCAAAAUAUGGUGAGUUAUUUAAAAAUAAACAAAACAAAAUAAACAAAUGUGAUGAGAAAAUGUCUACUGGAAGUAUUGAUUAUUUAGACAAAAUGAAAAGUGAUUAUAAUGAAAAUCUAGAUGUGUUUAAUAAUAACAUAAACAGUUUGAGUCAAAGUUUAAAGAGUGAUGUUGAUUCUUUCACGGCUAAAGAUUUACUUUCACUGUCAGAACAAAAAAAGAACUCUGAUGAAAAAAAUUUGCAACUUGAUAAAAAAAUAAUUGAAAAACAUGAUUUGAUUGAUCUUGAUUUACUUCAUUGUAAUUCCAUGAAUGAGAAAUUAAAGACUGAUUCUGUUAAAGAGCUUUCAAAAGAUGAUUUAGAAAUAAAGAGAAGUAGAAAAGGAAGUUUUAUUGGAAAAAUAAAAAGAAAGUACAUGGGAUCUCGCUCUUGUGAUACAGAGUAUUUUAAAAGCAGUCUAGAUAAAAAUGCAGGGCAUUCUGAAGAAAGUGGAACUAAGUUUGGUAUUAGGCACCAUAGUGAGGUAAUCAUUGAAGAAGAAAGUAAAACAAGUCCAAAGCUUUCAGGAAAUCGAAAAUGGAAAAAAGAUAGUAAAGAAAAAACAAACAAAACUACUGAAUUUCCUAAAGAAUCAAAAUUCUCAACUAUUUUGUCUGUUUUUGAACAAGAUAAUUUGUCCACUGAUUCUAAAAUAACAAAAAAUGUUAAAAGCACAACCAAUAUUAAGCUAAAAAGUUCAGAGAAAAAAUCAGCUGUUAUUGAAUCAAAAAAAAAGGUGCAGUCAAACAGCCCUAAAAAAAGCUCUGUACCAUCAUUUCUCACUACAUUUUCUCCUCUUAGAGCACGAAAAAAUUCUAAUAAUAUUCCAUUACAGAAAUCAGCAGAAGAACUAGAUACUAAAAUUUCUGUUAAAGAGAAAGAAUUAAAGGAACUAAAAAUCCAACAAAAUCAAAAUAGAACUGAAAUUGAUGAAGUAAAACCUCGUUCAGUAUCAGCUAAUGGAUAUUACAAGCCACAUAAACAUGUAAUGUUUGCAGAAGAUAGUGAGAAUGUUGAUUUUGCUUCACAACCAAGUUCCACAUUUCAAAUAACUGAACAUCAUCUUAAAAAGUGUGUAAGUUCUCCAUCUAUUUUAUCAAAGAGCAAUUUUUUAUUUGAACCCCAGCAAACUUUUAACUGUAUUGAUAACAAGCAAAUUUAUUCAAAUCCUACAAAAGACUCUAUUGAGUUGCUUGAUAAUAAUCUAACAAAACAAGAAUCUCAAGAUGUUUUAUGUAAAAGUUCUGCAAACAAUAAAAAUUUAUCUCAUAAAUAUAUUGCAACAAAUGCAAAUAUUUCACGUGUUAUGUGCCAAGAGUCAAAACUAUCAAAUGAGUCAUUUCAAAAUUUUUUAAAAGUUCAAGACAUUUGUUUUUCUGUAAAUAGCAGAAAUAUUUUUGGAGAAGUGGCAAAAAAGUAUGAGGGCUCUCCAAUCACUAAAGAACGAAUAAAACAUUUAGAACAAUCAUUGACACCUUUAUUUAAGCAGCACAGUGUUAUAGAAGAGAAUAAAUUUCAAAGUCUGUCAUCUUCCAAAAUUGCCAUGAUCAUCCCUUUUAUGAAGGACACAUCAAAAACUGGAGAUGAAGGCUUUUCUAGUAAAAAUCAAUAUCUUUUGAAAAGAAGCAAUACGAUUGCUUCAGGAGAAAUUAGUUUAAAACGAAAACCUUCAGUUAUUUGGGCAAAAGUGAAGAACAUGGAGGUGACUUUGGUAGUUGACUGCGAUUACCAGAGGUUUAUGCAACUAAAGAUAGAGAGCUUUGAAGUACGGCGUGUUAAUACUCACAAAGACAUAGAGGAGUUGGCUGUUGACACAUUUAUAAAACAUAUUCAGUUGCUAGACAAAGAUGCGUUAGAUCUCUCUUCUCAAGAUAUCAAGCACCUUCAGUUACACUCACAUGAAAUUCCCAUAGGUUCAGUUUUUGAUAUAGCCAGUUUAAACAUAAUAGAUCAUUUUCUUCCUUGUUUUUUACAUUUAAAAGACAAACACUGUUGGAGUCUAGCAGCAAUCUCCUAUGAUACACUUUUUCCAAAGUCAUUUUUAGAAAAAUAUGUCUCACUUAUUUUUGUACACAAUUAUGUUGUAUUCUAUGGUCCAAGUGGUACAGGAAAAUCUUAUUUGGCUAGACGACUUUCACAUUUAGUUGCACAUCGAAUACAUGAAAAUUCUCUUCCAAUUAUAUACUCUAAUAUUUCACUUGAAAAAUGGCAGAAGAUAGUACAAGAAAUUUCCUGUGAUACUUCAGACCAUUCAAAAGUUUAUGUGUUAGAUGGUUUUACACAAAGUUUUCUCAGCAGCAAUGUUGAUAUAUCUGAGAUUUUAACCUUACCACAAAUUAUGAAGUCUAAGUCUUAUGUUAUAUGUACAUGUACUCAAGGACUUACAGACUCAAUUCCUUCAUGUUGGCAACAGAGCUUCAAAUGGAUAUGGUUACCAAACCAUGAAGAGCCUGUCGAUUGUCUGUUGCAGCGAUAUUUAAGAAGAAAAUAUAUUCAAUAUGGAAACUUUCAUCUUCAGAGAGAAUUUUUUCGUAUUGUUGAUUGGCUUGCAAGUGCAUGGAGACACAUUAACUCUAUAAUUGAAAAAUUUUCUUCUUCAGAGUACACUAUUGGACCUACUAUGUUUUUUCCAUGUCCAUCUGAUAUUCUAAAUGCUGAAGAAUGGUUUGUGGACUUGUGGAACUACUCAAUUUGCCCUUAUUUUAUACAAACUGUUAGAAAUGGCAUUAAAAAGUAUGGUGAGCGUACAAAUGAGUGGAUAGAUCCAUUAGAAAUGAUUUUGAAGACAUAUCCAUGGUCAUGUGAAAAAAGCAAGCUAAAGUUUAUAAAAAUUAGAAUGGAGGAUGUUGGUUAUAAAAAUAAUUUUCAGUUAAGUGAAACAUCAAUGACAGAAAUGGAAAGACUGAUGACGUUUCUUCGACAACUUGAACUGCUUAUGAGUGAAUCAAAUGAUUUGUUUCCUUUCCAAGAACUAUAAACAACUGCGACAACAACCUUAUAUAAUAAACUCGGCUAUCCUUUUAGAUAUUUUAUUUUAGUAUAAAUUAUAGCACAUAUAUUGGCUAAUUCAACCGUUUGAUUAACGUAGAAAAGCGCAAUUUAAGUCGUAACUUUAAAUUAGGGUUUAUAUUGCGCUUUUCGACGUAAAGUUAGAUUAAAUGGUAUGCCUUCUUACAUAGAAAUGUAUAUUUUUUUUUAAAUGUAUAUUUUUCAAAAUGUUUUUUAAAAGAAUUUAAAGCGAAAUUUUAUAUAAGAGGUUUUUGGUAAUUUUACUA